GCCCCGGCAUCAUGAUGUUCGUAUUUCACGUGGAUCAAGGUCGCAUGCUGACCUUUAAGAUGCAGUGCAUGUUUGAGGAUAUCCGGAAGCUAAAAGAGGUGAUCGAACGAAACCAUGCGAUACCGGCCAGGAACAUCGUGCUGCUUGUCAGUGGCGGUGAGCAGCUGCAGGACGAUAGUCGCGCCUGUCACUAUGCAACCGGUACCGACACAAAUCCGAUUUACAUGUUUUGCAAAACAGUGGGCGAAUCGCCGCUACUGUCACCUGGACCGAUCAAAGAGACUGAGGUUGAUCUGGAAGGACUGGUAAAGAAAAGUUUGGAGCUUCCCGUUUCCUAUACGACGGUCGCCGCACGUGCACAGCUGGCACAAAAGAUCUACGAGAUGGGACGGGAGGAGCUGAGGCGUUGUGAGGUGCUCAUACACGAGCAACAUCUGCAGCAGCAGGGUUGGGCGGCAGUAGUAGCCAACAUGGAGGACACGAUCAACGUGUUUCAGGAGCGCUCCGAAUACUUUAACCGUAAUUAUGAGGACCAGUUACGGUUGCAUGAGGAGCAGAUGGACAUUUUGCGAAACUUUGACAAAAGCCUACAGCAGUUGGCAGACAUUCCAAUCCUUUCGUCACUGAUGGAAAAUGUCGAAUUGCGCCCGUACGGUGUGUUUGACGAGAUGUUUCACCCGCGAGGAACAACGAACAGUGGAGCGAGCCGCACCGCUAGCAGCAAUGAACAGUCCGAGCCGGGCGUAUCCGGUACGGUCGAAUCGGCGAACGUCACGCCCGCAGCAGCACACACAAGUGACGAUUCUACGACACAAUCUGCUCAUGCAUCGUCGGAGCUUCCGGGAGCGGAAGACACCACGCUGGAAAGUGGUGCCGAAACGGCAACGGUGGCCGGAGGUACGACGGAAGAGCUCACCAUAACGGAGCUGGAACGUGCGAAAGGUAUAUCGCUGCUUGAUUGGAUAUCCGCGAAGGAUGGUCAGCUAACGCUGAAGCGUAUGGCGGAAGAGUGUCGAAUCAAUAUAGAAAAAUUCAACCGAGCGCUGUUGCAAAACUUGAACGAACGCAUUGACAAAUCGCUGAAAGCGUCACAAAGUUCAGAUAUCAAAGUUGUUAAGGGUUUGGAGGAACGGUUGCGCGGACUGGAUGAGUUGCUGGCGAAAGCGAAAAAGUUGCUCCAGGAUCAGAACGAACUGGCGCAAGGAAUUUUGAAGAAUCAGGAUCGAGCGACCAAGAUCGGUGACGUUUCAGUCCUACCCGAUCUGUGCGCGAUGCAUCAGAACACGUUGAUGCUGAUGAAGGAUAAUCAUAUCGAACUGCUCGGAUACCGGCACAAGUGCACGAAUUCGAAGGACGAGCUUGGUUUCCAUCUAACCACGAGGAUAAAAUACAUUAUGAACUUGGAAACUAGGGUACUAGAGCUGGACAGUACCCUGCAGCUGUACCACACGUCGAUGCAGCGUUUGCAGAAGCAUCUGAGCAUCAUCGAGCAAAUCCAUAUGGUGCCAUGCAUAUACGUAAGCGCCGUAACGGAGGUGGUCCGUCGGCGCAUGUUUUCUAGCGCAUUUUUAAGAUGGGCUUCCGACUUAGCAUGCCGACUGAUGGCGAUACACAACGAGGAGGUAGCAAGACGACAGGAAUUUGCAUCUCUGUUCGAUGGUCACUUCCUGAGCACACUGUUUCCUGGCAUGAACGAUAUGCCACCGUCCUACGCCAUUCAGGCACCAUCGGUGUUCGAUUCUAGUCUACCAGCGUUGGACAAGCAGGACCUUGAGGAACUAUCCCGCCAUCUGCCUGAACUGACGGAAAAGAUUCCGCUACCGAACAUAGCUUCUGUGAUAGAUUUUUUUCAAACCCGAUCGGUAGAGCAGCAGCAACUGCAACAGGAUGAUACCUCAGUUCGAAGUAAAGACAACGCAACGGCAUCAUCCAGUAACGAAAAUGUUGAAUCAGCUUCAAAUGUGCCUGACCAGCAAUCGGGCAUCAAAGAGAGUGAUAAAGUCGGAGCGGAAUCAGAAACCGACACCGAGGACUAUGAAAAGGUGCAGAAUCAGAGUCCAGUCGAAGGAUGCUCCUCGCGGCAGGAAGAAAUACCGCAGAUGCCUGUUCCGGUGACGUGCACCGUUGCCACCUGUACCGAACCGAUCGAGACGGUUUGUGCGGAGACACUAACAGAGGAUAAUCUCGGCACCACGCGCCUAGAGGUAGAAAGGCUUAAAGGUUUACUCAGCAGCGUUUACCAGCUGUCACAGGAAUCCAUUAUGAUGCUACGCGAUCAACUGUCCCGGGUACGUGCCGAGGCCGAGUGCAACCGCUCCCAGUUUCAAUCCGAGCUCGGUGCAAUGAAUCGUGCUUGGAACGACAUCCAGCAGUUAGCACGCAAUCGCGAACGUGAAACAAUCCAGCAGCUUACGGUUGACCACGAGCUGGAAAUGAACGAUUUGCGCAAAAGCGUGCAUCAGAAGGACGACGAAAUACAGUCGCUACGGUCGGACAACAGCACGAUGAAGGCAAGCCACAUCGAGACGGUAUCGAGUUACGAGCAGGAACAGAAGCAACUAAACGAGCAGAUUGCCCAAAUGCGGGAGGUGAUCGGUCGAUUGGAGAGUCAGCUAGCGAGUGCCGAGGUAGACCGGAAGAAGGCAAUCCAGGAAGCGGUGGAACAGUUGGAGCACAAGCACCGGACGGAGAUUGAAUCGUUGCGCUGUCGGUUUAAGCUGAUGGCCACGAGUAUGGAUCGUUCGCCGUCCGAUACGAGUCUGGAGAAGAUCGAGAAGCCGGACAUGAUCGAUAUAGCGACGCACGAGCAGCUGGUGGCACAGAUGCGUGACGACUUUCAGCGCGAUAAGGAACGGGCCGUACGGGCGGCUAUCGAGGAAGAGCGACAACGAUGGGAAACGACCGCAAUCGGCGGUGGUGUACCGGUUGGCAGUGCUGGUAGUGCGAAUCGGUUGCAUCGGUCGUAUGGCACGGCCGGUUCACCUGGCGGUGGCAGCCAGGACGUGUACAAACGCAUCCUGGACGAGAAGGAUCGCCAGCUGGACGAGUUGCGAGAAAAGGAAACGCAACUUGCCCGGGAGGUGAUGCGAAUGCGGGAAACCAUACAAUCGCUGACAGAUCCUGAACUGAGUCCACUGAACGAUCAAAGCUGUCGGGAACAGUUGGAAGCGGUGGAAGCGGAUCGACAGCAGUUGGCGGAAGAUCUGCUAAAGCUGCACGGAAGUAUGAAAACGCUCGAGCUGGAGAAGAGUUCGUUGGUGCGUGAGCUGGAAAAGCACCGGAGGGAUGCGGUACAGCUGUUGAGUUGCUCCGAAGGUGAUACUGUAUCGUUUGUGUGGAAUCCGAAACAUUCGAACUACACUAUUCCGCAGGUGGCAGAUUUCAUGUACUUUCUGCACGAAAGCAGCUACAAGGAUCUGGGGUUGGUGCAGCCGACGAGAAACGAACUGCCAACCGUUUUAUUCGGUUACGGCACCGUCACGAACAAGGAAUUCUGUCACGCACGCAAGGAUGGUAACCGGUACGGUGUUUCGCGCGGUACUCAGUUCUAUCGCGUGUGGCUAAAGACCGUCACACUUACGAAACGCAAAGGUACAUCGUCCAGUCGGAGCAGUGGAUCGGCGGCGAAUAUUUCUGCCUCCUAUCAGCAACCUCCUACUACGGCAGAAGUAACGAUCGACAUGCAAUCCAGCAGCAAUACGACAUUGAUUAGUGCCAGUGUCGGCGGUCGGUUAAUAGAUUCUUUCGCACAAACCGAACAACCGACCUCCUCCUCGACGACGCGGCUUAUCGGGGACGGUAGUAAAUCGCCAACUAGCCGUGACAUGAUCGAUUCCGGUGUGGUCGAGCAGCAGCGCAGUAGCUACCGGGAGCGCAACAUUAGCAUCACGGAUGAGGACGAACUGGUCACGGGAAUCGGUUCGACCGGUAGCAUCGAUCGUAUCCGCUAUCAGAGCGUAUGCGAGGAGGAAGAUCCGGCAGUCGAAGACGAGGAGACGACGGACGGCGGUGGCCUUGCGGAGAGUACCGGCGGUGGCAGUAGUGCGACGGAUCAUCAUCCGUCUUGCUACACAAGCGCCACUGACACUUCCAUCGUUGCCAUUCGCACCACGCAGAUUCAACAGUUUGGUUCCUCGGUUGAUGCCCAAACUACCGUACCAGCACCGACUGUCGAUGCCGACAGUGAUAACAAUGGUGAGGCUUCCACUGCCAGCAGCACACAUCCGCUUUCCACCGCUAUCAACCACAACUCACAGCCCGUACAGUCGCUGCUGUCGAUCGGAAGUGGCGGUGGUGCCGCAGGAUUCGGUUCGAUCGCGGAUGAUGUGAGCGAUUCGGCGGAUUCCGAGUACCGAUCGCUCGAGGCCAACGAUCCGGAGGACAGUGAUAGUGCGGCAGCUCCACUGCCUAGAACGCUGGACGAAAGUAGUGACCGUUGUUGAGUGCACUGAUUAAGUUAAAUAAUAUUAAACGCUUUUUGAUAAAUGGUAAAA